AUGUCAAACCCACAGCUCGUUCAUCAUUCGAAUACAUUGCUUGCAUCAGAAAUUCACUACUAUAAUACCAAAAGCUACUCUUAUCUCUUUAACUCACUUCCUGACAUAAUGUCCACAGAUUUCGGGGCUACCGACGACUCACUGGUCACCAACUUCACAAAAGUGAUACACAGAAAACCGUACCCAGCUAUCUCGCCCAUCAAACCUUCACUGAGCCAAGCAGGCAGAACAGUACUCAUCACAGGUGGUGGUGUUGGAAUCGGUAAAGCCAUCGCUCACAACUUCGUUCUUGCUUCAGCCGCGACCAUCGUGAUCAUCGGAAGACGCCUAGAAAAACUCGAAGAGACUGCUUCUGAACUAGAUGCGACUGCAGAGAAAGCUGGAAAGACGACCAAGAUUAUCGCGAGGAGUUGUGAUGUCACUGACGACAUUGGAGUCAAGAACCUCUGGGAUGAUCUAGGGAAGAAAGGUGUAUUCGUGGAUGUGCUUGUGCUUAAUUCCGCCACAGACACGGCUAAUCAGUCUCUUUUCGAACUCGGAAUUGCCGAAGUGUGGUCCCAGUUCGAAGCCAACGUCAAAGGCCCUUUACAUUUCGCGGAAUGUUUCCAUAAGCAAGUCCAGCAGGGACCGAAGAAAGCAAAGUAUCUUGUGAACGUAUCUAGUUCCGUCAUUCACCUGCACGGUAUGUGUGAUGCCAUGGAAACGUUGACUGUGACAUUACUAAAUGCGUAUGAAGGCCAUCCUGCAUUCGACGGACGUCCAGGCUACAGCGUCACCAAAGGCAGUGGAACUUUGGCAAUUCAGUCUCUCGCAUAUCAAUUCACCCCGGAGGAGAUGCAAGUUAUCAACUACCACCCAGGUGCUAUUUACGGGCGAGCAUGGAAAGAUCAGGGAGUGCCCGAAGAUGGGUUUGACUUCGAUGACCCGAAUCUACCUGGCGCAUUUGCCGUCUGGGCAGCAUCAAGAGAUGCGAGCUUCUUGCACGGCCGUUAUGUUUUCUGUCACUGGGAUGUGGAGGAACUGGCGGACUCGGAAGUUGGAUCGCGCCUUAAAUCGGAUCGCGAUUACCUCAAGUUAACCGUGAAGGGACUGAACUGGAUGAAGAAAGAUUUUUGA